CUCUCACUCUCUUCAUUUUUGGUUUCUUUAACCCUUUUUUUUUUCUCUCUCUCUGCAUGAGACUGCGAAUGUUUGAGGCUUUGAUCUCAUGUUCUUCUCUCUCUUCGCUCUGAUCCUCUUCCAACCACGGUUGUGCUCCCAUUCCAAUUUCCAUUUCUCUCUUUUCGUUCUCUAUGUGAAUCUGAAUUCUCAAUUCAAUUUUAUUAUUUUAUGAUUGGAUAGAUUGAAAUCCGAAACCAAUUCAUCGUGUUACACUGUGUGUAUAAUUGUUGCACGGAAUUCACUUUAUCGGGUCUAAUUAUUAGUUGUUUAUUUAAAUUUCUUUGUUUUGCUUUUCAUCUGUGAAUUUCAGGGACGCGGUUUUCCUUCAGUUUUUAACUCAGGUUCAGCUUCUCUGCUAGCAACAAUAAGAUUCAUGUUUAUAGGGAAUUUGAACUAAAUUCCUUGGGUUUAGAUUUUAGCUUGAAUACUCUCACGUCCUGUUUAGAGACUAUUAUUUAGGAGAUGGGUCAAAUGACACAUGAGAUUGAUGACAAUGUGCAUGGUCAGGAUCAGACUGGGUCACAGUUGAAUGACGAUGGUAAUGGAGGAGGUGUUGUUCUGAAGAAAGGGCCAUGGACAGCUGCUGAAGAUGUUAUUUUGGUGGACUAUGUCAAUAAGCAUGGAGAGGGGAAUUGGAAUGCUGUUCAGAAGUAUUCAGGCCUUUCUCGUUGUGGAAAAAGUUGCCGAUUGCGAUGGGCCAAUCACCUAAGGCCAAACUUAAAGAAAGGCGCAUUUACUGCAGAAGAGGAGCAGAUGAUCGCUGAACUCCAUGCCAAAAUGGGAAACAAGUGGGCACGCAUGGCAGCACAUUUGCCUGGUCGUACAGAUAACGAAAUAAAAAACUACUGGAACACCCGAAUGAAGAGGCGUCAACGGGCUGGCUUGCCACUUUAUCCUCCGGAAGUAGUACUGCAAGCAUUUCAAGAUAAAAAGCAUGGCCAAAGUACUGCUGAAAUCAGCGAAGGAGAUGGAGGCCACCAGGAUUUCAUGGAGAAAAACAAUUAUGAGAUACAUGAUGCUAUAUAUGACAGUCUGAAGGAAACUCAGGGAAUCUUACCUUUUGUGCCUGAGCUUCCUGAUAUUUCUGCUAAUAGCAUUCUGACAAAUGUUCUUGGUUCUCCUCCAUACUGUAAUUUCCUGCCAUCCACAUUACCUAACCAUGAUCAUCUUCAUGAGUCAUCCGUGUCUCUUCUUGGUUCCAGUGAAUUGAACACUAAUGGGUUUUAUCCAUUUGACCACUUUAAGGAUAAUACUUCUGAUAAGUUUGCAGAAUCAUUUGGAUUGCAUUCUCCCCUUGAUCAUGGUGCCUCCUCAUAUGGCUCAAUUUGUUACAGCCAUUCAUUAUCGAAUGACAAUUACUCUACUUCUAAGCUGGCUUCUGAGGCUAUGAAGUCAGAGCUCCCUUCACUCCAAUAUCCAGAAACUGAAUUUGGUAGCUGGGGUACCUCUCCCCCGCCUCCAUUGAAUGAUUCUACUGACAUUUUCAUCCAUUCUCCUCAACCACCUUAUGCACUGGACUCAGGUUCUUCUUCAUCACUCAGUCGUUGCUUCCUUAAUGAAUUUCUUUGUCAGCAGGCGAAGACUCUUGGUUAUUCAAAGAAUAAUUGGCCUGAGAGUUCAAAUUCGUCCGUUGCAACUCCCGUUGAUAGAGCUGAGAGUUCAGCUUUGAAUGUGUACGAGACAGAGUGGGAAGAUUAUGCUGACCCUGUAUCUCCCUUUGGCGCAACUUCAAUCCUGAAUGAGCAUCCUGUUGUUGGCACCAACGGAAAGCCAUGGGAUGGAUGGGAACCUUUUCAGACCUUUAGUGGCAACAAUGAGAAGUUGCAGUCAGUUGAUCAGGUUUUGGCCCCUAAGAAUGAAAAUCAAUCCAUGUCUCUAUUGAAUCUCACUUGGCCAGAUGUCUUGCUGGCCUCAGAUUGGCACGAGCUGUAUUCUGAGCACAACGGCAUGAACCAAGCUGACAUGAUUGAUGCUAGUGAUAAUUUCACGAGACAGUAAGCAUGUGGUGACUAAUGAAACUCAUUCUUCAAGUACAGGAGAUUGUUUUUUGCGUGUGGAUUAACACGACGCUUUUUGCAAUUGUCUGAUUUCAUUCAGAAAACUGCUCAGUAUGUGAUUCAAAACUUUCUAUUAUCCAUUUAUGUUUACUACUUAAUAUGGGUAAUAUAUGUAACAUCUACUGUUCUUUCUGAGAGUCUAAUAUGGGUGUGACUUGUGUUAUCAAAUACCCGGGUAGAGAAACUUGUUUCUUUCUCAUAGCUUUCUAUACUCUCUUUCUGUGUUACAUUUAUUGUGCACCGUCUUCAAACACUUCAAGACAAAUUUGGAAUGGCAAUUGUCUUGCAUUUUCCUUUUGGUUCCA